AUGACUGAGUUGUCUGUGGCAGAGUGUGAAAAUAUUGUCAAAAACUGUGUGAAAAGUGAGGUUCGAACACUCACUUCCGAAAUUGUACCACUAUCGGACGACAAUUUCAUCCUCAAAGUCACCAUUCAUGAUGGUGUCAACGAAAGAACGCUUAAUUUUUUCGCAAAGACAAGUUUGAAGAAGCCGAAAAUUUAUCAAAUUUUGUUCGACGAUUUCAAAAACGCGAUUCCGAGAUUUAACCCUAAAAUCACCCCCGAGUUGUACUAUGGAAAGGGAAAUUUGUUGUUUUUUGAAGAUUUGUCGUGGCAAGGAUUCCAAGUUUGUGCGAAAGAAGAUCUGGAUUUGGACCACGUUAAAGUCGUGUUAGAAGUUUUGGCCAAGUUCCACUCGGGAAGUUUGGCCUAUGAAGAAAUUAAAACGAAAGAAACAGAAGAGCGAUUUACCUUGGACAAAAAAUACAAAGUAGAUAAUUUUAGAAUCAAUUUGAAGAAAAGUGAAGUCUUGGACUUGCUUUCCACUUUGACAAAUCAAGACGACUUAGUUGAACUAGUGAAAGAUCUAGAAGAACGUCAGAACUCCCAAAAACCCAGAAGAACUUUAUGCCAUGGUAAUUUAAUCGUGCGAAAUAUUAUGUUCAAGUACGACCAAGACGCCCCAAUUAACUGCAAACUACUCAAUUUCAAAGAAAACCAGUACGUACCACCCAUUUUUGAUUGUCUUCAACUGUUGUUCUUCGCCACGAGUGAAGAUUUUCGUCAACACCACUUAGACGACGUGUUGUUCUACUACCAUAGAUGUCUGUGCCAAGAACUGAAACAGUAUCUUCUAGAAGUUGAAUCGUACGAACAGCUGCGAAAAGAAGCUCACUACUUUUUACCCAUAAUCAAACUAGAAAAGGCUCUUCGUUUCAAAAAUCACGAAUCUUCAGCAGCACUUCACGAAGCCCUGACUUGCCCAAUUCUAUCACGUGAAGAUUGUUACACUAUAGUUACGAACAAAAUAAAGUCGCCGAAUUUCAAACUAAUUUCUUUUGUAGUUAGCCCUUUGGACAAAGUCAACGGUUAUUUAGGCACCUACUAUAAACUAACCAUCAAAAUUGUCCACAAAUCCGAAGACAAUAUCAACUGCUUUGUCAAAACAAUCCCCAAAAACACCUCUGCUAGAAGCGUUAUAGACGAAACCGGGUGUUUCUUCAAGGAACUCUUCAUCUACGAAACUCUAGUGCCACAGAUGCAAAAACUUGGAAUCAAUAAUAUCAAUACAUGUCUAUCUUCCUUCUAUUUCCAAAGAAACGAAGAUGUGAUAGUUUUCGACGACUUGACAGUGAAAAAUUAUAGAAUGCUACCACAACACCCCUUUGACUUCCACCUUCUUUCACUCACUGUCAAAAAACUAGCACAAUUUCACGCUUCCACCGUAAUUUUUGAAGAAGAAAUGUCCAAACGAAGAAACCGCAAAUAUCGUCUAAACGAAGAAUACGACAAACACGUCAGAGAGAUUUUCUUCUCGCGCGAAAAACAAUCAGGCGCUUUGAUUAUGCAAGUAGGUGUUCGAUCAGUAUUCCACGUUGUCAAUCUAUUUCCAGAACUCAAAACUGAAGAAAAUCAAACCAGUUUGAAGAAAGUGUGGCCAGAAUUGGAGAGGUUGUUUUUUGACGUGAUUAAGCCCUCGGAACGUUUCAGAAAUGUGCUUUGUCAUGGCGACUUAUGGACCAAUAACAUCAUGGUGAAGUUUGACGGUGCAGAACCCAUUGAUUGUGUCUUCGUUGAUUUUCAAAAUAUUAGAUAUUGUUCGCCUGGUCACGAUUUUCUCUCUGUCAUGUAUUUGACAACUAAUAGAACGACUAGAAUGAAGCAUGAGGAAGACAUGGCACAUCUGUACUACCAAGAGUUUGCUAAAGUGUUGGGUGUGUAUGGUUACGACGCUACAACAAUCUACUCGUUUGAAGAAUUUCUGGACAAUGUAGAAUACAUGAGGCCCCAAAUGGUAGUGCAAGCUAUACUAUACAUGAUGUUCGCGUCCAGUUCUGACGACAUUUCUUCACUUCUGGACAACGACGAAACUUCCAAGUAUAUCUUUUUCCAAGACCGAAAGGAGUACUUGGAGAAAAUUUGCCAAAAAUCUUCCAUCGUCAAAAAUAAUCUGCGGGAGUGUGUCUUAGAAUUAUACUAUUUUUGCAGUUGGUCGAGAAUAAGUCACUUCAGUCCGAAUUUAAAAGUGCUGUUGGUUACAAUGGUUCAGUCUUUAACCACCCAAGACUGUAAGUUGCUUCUUCAAAAACAUUUAAACUCCGAAAAGUGUGAAUCUCUGACACUUGAACAUGUCUUGGCCGCUUUGAAGGUUUUGGCGAGUUUUCACGCCGUUGGUCUCACUUUCGACGAAACAAAGUCUACUUCGGAAGCUUUCAAGUGCACGAAUUUUGAUAUCAGAGACCCUAAAAUUGUGGCUUUAAUUUCAUCUGUGGUGGAAAACGAAGAUGAAAUAUCUCGAGUGAUCGAAGACCUGGAGGAACGGCAACUUCAUUCAAAGUUGGUAAAAACUUUCUGUCACGGGAAUUUAGCUCCCAAAAAUUUAAUAUUUAAAGAUCGAUUUGAGUGUAAAUUGAUAAACAUAGAAUCAAAUUUUCGCGCGUCACCCACUUAUGAUGUUCUUCAGCUGAUUUUCUUGAACACAACGGCGGAGUUGCGCCAGCACCAUUGGAAGACUUUGUUGGAUCACUACUAUGAUUGUUUAAAGCAAGAAAUUCAACACACGAUUUUUCCAGUCGAAGAUUUCCAUCUAAGUGUUCAUCAUAUUUUACCUAUAGCAAAAUUAGAAGCUGCUCUAUUCCACCAAAACGAAACAGCGCUGGAAGAAUUGAAAGAAAUCCUAAACUGUCCACUCUUGUCGAAAGAAGAUUGUUAUGUCAUCGUCAAAAAUAAGCUCGCCAAGACAAACUACAAGUUUUUGUCCUAUAAAGUGACACCGCUGGGUGAUGUUAGUGGAUUUUUGGGUCAAUACCAUCGACUAGAGAUCAAAAUUCGUCUUCAGUCGGACGAAACGACUAUCAAUUGCUUCAUUAAAUCAGUCCCAAGACUCGGUACUCCUAUGGAUAUCGCCAAAGAUCUUAACAGUUUUUCAAGAGAAUUCUUCAUCUAUGAAACAAUAGUCGCACAAAUGCUAAACCACGAAAUCAACAUCAUCAAUGACUGUAUACCACCUUGCUACUUUCACAGACCCAAAGAAUUCAUGCUCUUUGAAGAUAUGGCUCUUCUCGGCUACAAAAAUUUAGACGCUAUGGAACCUCUAAAUUUCAACAUGCUUACUUUGUUGGUCAAAACGUUGGCCAAAUUUCACGCUUGUUCUCUCCUUCUUGAAGAAAAAGUCUCCCAAAAGGAAGGAAAACCCUACUCUUUGUACAACUCCUACAAAGAAUAUUUCACCGAACCCCUGUUCUUCGAGGACGAGAAACACAGAGGUGCCAGACAGUCAGGAACUGGCGUCAAAGCAGUCCUCACCGCCGUCAAACUCUUAACAGACAUCCAAACCCCAACAAACCAACGCAACUUUGACGCAUUUUGGCCAAAAUUCAGAGAGUUGUACUACACAGUGCCCAGACCCUCGGACCGUUUUCGGAACGUGUUGUGCCAUGGAGAUCUGUGGACCAGCAACAUGAUGGUCAAAUACGAAGACGGCGAAGCUGCGAAAUGUGUCUUGUUUGAUUUCCAAAUAGUCAGAUAUUGUCCCCCCGUUUAUGACCUGCUUUCGGUGCUUUAUUUAACCACACAUCGUUCCACAAGACUGAAGUAUGAAGAUGAACUCGUUCGAACUUACUACGAUGAAUUGGGGCGGAUUCUGGACUCGUAUGGGGUCGAUGUUGGGAAUUUUUAUUCGUAUGGGGAUUUUCUGGAGUGUCUUAAUUAUAUCAGGCCUCAUAUGUUGAUGCAUGCGGCGUACGAGUGUACUCUGACCAUGUGCACACCCGAAGAAAUUUCGUCUUUUCUGAGCGAUGAAGAAACAUGCAACCGAGUCUUUUUUGAAGAUCGUACCGAGUUUAUGACGAUCAUGUGUGAAAAAUCCGACUUGUAUAGAAACCGACUGAAGGAAUGUAUCUUGGAUAUUUAUGACUAUUGUGACUCCAUGUGCGGUAAAUAAAUCUGAUUUAUAGUGUUUGUAUGACUUUAUUUAAUAUUAAUAAUUAUAAAAUUUGUUUGAGCCGCAACUUUUUUGAC